AGGCAAAUGUUCCCCCAGCUGUUUCCUGUCUACAGUGUCUGUGUUUUGUAGAUAAAUGUGAGGAUUUUCUCUAAAUCCCUCUUCUGUUUGCUAAAUCUCACUGUCACUGCUAAAUUCAGAGCAGAUAGAGCCUGCGCAAUGGAAUAAAGUCCUCAAAAUUGAAAUGUGACAUUGCUCUCAACAUCUCCCAUCUCUCUGGAUUUCUUUUUGCCUCAUUAUUCCUGCUAACCAAUUCAUUUCCAGACUUUGCACUUCAGAAGCAAUGGGAAAAAUCAGCAGUCUUCCAAACCAAUUAUUUAAGUGCUGCUUUUGUGAUUUCUUGAAGGUAAAGUUGCACAUCAUGUCCUCCUCUCAUCUCUUCUACCUGGCCCUGUGCUUGCUCACCUUCACCAGCUCCGCGACAGCUGGACCAGAGACACUCUGUGGGGCUGAACUGGUGGAUGCUCUUCAGUUCGUGUGUGGAGACAGGGGUUUUUAUUUCAACAAGCCCACGGGGUAUGGUUCAAGCAGUCGGAGGGCACCUCAGACAGGCAUUGUGGACGAAUGCUGCUUCCGGAGCUGUGAUCUGAGGAGGCUAGAGAUGUACUGCGCACCCCUCAAGCCUGCCAAGUCUGCCCGCUCUGUCCGUGCCCAGCGCCACACCGACAUGCCCAAGGCUCAGAAGUAUCAUCCCCCAUCUACCACCAAGAAAACGAAGUCUCAGAGGAGAAGGAAAGGAAGUACAUUUGAAGAACGCAAGUAGAGGGAGUGCAGGAAACAAGAACUACAGAAUGUAGGAAGACCUUCCUGUUUUGUGAAGAAUGACGUGCCACCGGCAGGAUCAUUUGCUCUGUAGGAGUUACCUGAUAAACACCAGAAGACCUACCAAAAAAAUAAGUUUGAUAACAUUUCAAAAGAUGGGCAUUCCCCCAAUGAAAUACGCAAGUAAACAUUCCAGCAUUGUCUUUAGGAGUGAUUGUUAAAAGCUUUGCACCUUGCAAUAAUGGUCCUGGAGUUGGUAGAUUGCUGUUGAUCCUUUAUCAAUAAUGUUCUAUAGAGAAAAAUAUAUAUAUAAAUAUAUCUUAGUCCCUGCCUCUCAAGAGCCACAAAUGCAUGGGCGUUGUAUAGAUCCAGUUGCACUAAAUUUGUUUCUGAAUCUAGGCUGCUGGAGCCAUUCAUUCAGCAGUCUUGUCUAAGUGGUUUAUUCUUUUUUUUUUUUUAAAUUUGCACUUCUUACUACGCAACACAGGCCAUUUGUUUUACAGUGUCUGAUAAUCUUGUUUGUUUAUCUCUACCCUCCACUUCAUCAUCUUUAUAUUUGCCAAAUUUGGCCUCCUCAAGAGCAACAACAAGCAGUCAAGUAGCACACCCAAAAGAUUUUAACCCAAAAAAUUCCAUCUGUGGUAUCUGUACCAAAUAUAAGUUGGAUGCAUUUAUUUUAGACAUAAAGCUUUAUUUUUCCACAUCUUGCUAAAAAAAAAAAAUGCAAGUAGUUGCAAUUUUGAGGCCAAUCAUUUUUAGGCAUAUGUUUUAAGCAUAGAAAGUCUCAAACUCUCAAAAGUUCCUUCAAAUGAUGAGUUAGUGUGCAACGUGAUUAGUAACUUUUCUCUUUUUAUUUUUUCCAUAUAGAGCACUAUGUAAAUUUAGCAUAUCAAGAAUACAGGAUAUAUCACAAACAGUAUGUAAAACUCUGUUUUUUAGUACAAUGGUGCUAUUUUGUAGUUUGUUAUACGAAAGAGUCUGGCCAAAACGGUAAAAGGUGAAAGCAAAACAAAAGAAGCCUGGAGCCAAAGAUGACACAAAGGGGAAGGGUCCUAAAAAUCCAUCCAUUUGGGAAAGAAGGCAAAAUCCCCCAAUGAUGCCUUCCAAGAAAAAACUUAAGAUACAAAGUCUGCUAAUGCAAAUUUGAUUGGGGAGUCCAGAGAGGAGUGGAAAAAGCAGAAGGCUAGGAAUUUAAUAGUCCUGGCUUUUAUUUCUCACUGAAGGAACAAACAUCUGCUGACUCUGUCACAGACUCACCACUGUGUGACUUUGGGCAAGUCACUUCACCUCUCUGUGCCUCAGUUUCCUCAUCUACAAAAUGGGGGCAAAACGCCAUCUACCUACCUCACAGGGGUGGUAUGAAGAUUACAAAGAUAAAGCUCCAGAUUUUAUCCUGGGUUGCUAGAAGGGCACAAGGUCAGAGCCCUUCAGUUGCUGGGUUGCAAAGAAUUAUAGAAACAACCCAUUCAUGGCAUAGCUAGGAAACUGAUCAGCCAAAUGUUCCUGACAUGCUAAUUCUUGUCAAUGUAGCUAUCCUGCUAACUAUUCAACCAUCCUAGUUAAAAGCUGCCAGCUCCAUCUCUUUCAAAACCCUUUCAAAAUAAGUAAGAAAUAUCUGAUUUACAAUUUGCUCUGAAUUCUGCACUUGGAUUUGUGAAUACAAAGUGCAAAAAGAAAAAGGAAAAGAAGAAAAAG